AUGCAACCAAUCUACAAGCAAAGCAGUAACAUCACUCAAUCUACUGGUUCAUUCUUGGCGUCUGCGCCCGUGGAAUUACUCACAGUUCAGGGCUACGAGGAUUUUCUGGCCAAGCAAGAAAAGCUUCACAGAGACGUUACGACUGUUUUAAGCGAGGACAAAAGCUGUGGCUACGUUAUGAAGGGUACUGAAGUGAUUGCGACAAUUGCCGGAGAAGCUAGAGACCAUCUGCUUUCAUUGAUGGGCGAAGAUGCGUAA